AUGCCAUAUGGCUGUUCUCGACCCAUCCAGGUUGUCGAAAAUCCUGGGGGCACGAAUGGUCGAGAUCCUGGAUUUGCCCUUGGUGGGGGCGUUCCUAAUGGACCUCUUGGACCUACAUACGAAAAUACAUUUGGUUUUGCUGUUGCUCCUGAUCCUUUCAAACCAGAAGAUAUACCACCAAUAUGCAGAUAUAUUGUGAUUGAAUAUUCCCAGAAUAUAAGAGAUUUGGGUUUCAAGAUCUUUGAGUUGUUGUCAGAGGCACUAGGACUUAAUCCUUCUUAUCUCAAAGAGUUGAAUUGUGCUGAAGGACUCUUUAUAUUAGAUCAACUUGGUGGUCUUCAAGUUCUUCACAAGGAUAAAUGGGUCAAUGUUCCUCCGGUACACGGAGCUCUUGUUGUAAAUAUUGGAGAUCUUUUACAGCUUAUCACAAAUGACAGAUUUGUUAGUGUUUUUCACCGAGUCUUAUCACAUAACAUAGGCCCAAGAAUUUCUCUUGCAAGCUUCUUUGUGAAUAAGUCUGAACCAAUUCAAGGAGUAUCGAAGAUUUAUGGUCCUAUUAAGGAAUUGCUUUCAGAAGAAAACCCUCCAAUCUACAAAGACACUACUAUAAAAGAUUUCUUAGCACAUUAUUAUGCAAAAGGCCUUGAUGGGAAUUCUUCCUUAGAGCCCUUUAAGUUGUGA